AGAGUUUGUAGCAAUGACACAGCUUUUGGCCUGCAGAUGUGAAUCUCACUGCUGAAAAUACCAUUAAAGCACAGCUGUAAAUCAAUCGCUGCUCAGCCUAACGUUCAUGUGUCAGCUGAUUUCUUUCGUCGGAAAGCUUUUCAUUGAUUAUUCGCAGCUGUACGUUUUUGGAGUUCGCAUGCUUCGCUGAGUUGUAAUACACAGGCAUGUUGCUACUUUAAGACUUCUUGGAGGAUUGUGCGUUAAGACCGCAUUUAUUCACAGAGUGAGCUAUCUGCACUUGCAGCCGGCUCCGUGUUCUGAUACAGCAUGUGGCAGCGGUUGAAAACGUCAAUAUUUUAAUGGUUUUCACCUCUUUAUCUGUAUUUCGCACAUGUCCGCACAGCAGCCCUUUGUCCCCUUCCCUUUCCACCACAACCCCGUGUCCUUGAAGUGCGGUGCAGGGUGGAGGUCCAUCUUUGGAAAGCCACCCAGGGAGUAAUAUUCUCUCUGCCUGACACACUGUUGCACUGUGAGGGGAAGUGGUGCUACAUCAUAAACCAAACAAAUCAAGAAACAUCUGCAGUGUUUACUCAAGCUGACAUCAAGAACAAACUUUAGCAAUAAUAAUGACAAAAGUGAGUUAUGACUAACUUUCAGUGAGGACUUCUCAUUGUGACUCAUCCAAUGAUCAGUACUGCAUUUUUUGCACUUACACGUGCAAUGUUCAACAAAUUCCAGUGACCUUUUAAAAGAUUAUGUAGUUCUGCCGUAAUUUCCUUCAGUGUGAUUGCCUGCCCUCUUUUCCUUUGAGUGAGUUUUGACAAGCGCAAACUUGUUAGGUGUCAUUGAAUGGAGCAAUGUGCUGAUGAUAGCCAAGGGAGAUGUCUUUUUCUUUGCUUUUUUUUUCCUGGUGAAAAUACAAGCUGUGCUUCUAGUGACUGCAGGAAAUAUCGCUUGCUGUUCAGGUGGUAUCAUGACUAAAGGAAGCUGAUUUGGUGCGUUGUUGCCAUUUGGGAUGUCUGAAGCCAAACAUUACCUCAAAGAGGAAGAAGGCAAAGAAGAGGUGAGAGAAGGGACAACAUCUGCUCUGAGAGGAUAAGAUCAGCAGCCCAUCUGGAUCUGCGCAGGGAACCUUACAGACCUUUCUCUUUCUAAGGAAGGGAACUGAAACUCUCCAAUAGCUUAAAGGGCUUCAAGAAUUUUUAUUAAGUUUUUCAUCAUUGUUUUUUUACCUUCUCUGAGCUAAAGCCAUGUGCCAUGUUAUUGUAACAUGCCGUUCCAUGCUGUGGACCCUACUCAGCAUUGUAGUGGCCUUUGCUGAGCUCAUUGCAUUCAUGAGCCCGGAUUGGUUGCUGGGAUCGCCUCGGAAUGACACCAGCGGGACCAGGGCAGGAGUGGACUCAGAGUACCGGCCAUCUCUCGGCCUUUACAACCGCUGCCUUCGUAUUGGGACCUCGCAGGUGAACUGUGGGCCUUACGCCACGACAUUUGGAGAAGUGGCCAGCGGCUUCUGGCAGGCUGCCAUGUUGUUUCUGGCAGCAGGGACAUUAGUGCUUGGGUGUGUGGCCUUUAUCUCCAUCUUCAGCCUGUGUUUUCAGAGCAUCCUGAAGAAGAGCAUAUUCAACAUCUGUGGACUGCUUCAGGCUGUUGCAGGCCUGUUACUGAUGGUCGGCCUCAUGCUGUACCCUGCUGGUUGGGGUUCAGAGAAGGUGAAGUUCUACUGUGGCUCCGAUGCGUUGCCGUUUCGACCAUUUAAUUGUUCACUUGGCUGGGCGUUCUACACAGCGAUAGGAGGAACGCUAGCAACCUUCCUGUGUGCCGUUCUGUCUGCACAGGCCGAGAUCGCUACUUCCAGCGAUAAAGUUCAGGAGGAGAUUGAGGAUGGGAAAAGUCUGAUCUGCCUGCUCUGAGCCUUUAGAAAACCUGGGAAGCUGCAGAAGGAUCACCCACGGUGUAAUUUCUCUGAUGUGGACUACAACUUCGUGGAGGGAGGACAGAUGUUUCUCAGUGGGGAUUUUCUUCCCCCCUCGUGAUAGUCUGGAUAAAAUCAGCUGAUUGUUGUAAACGGCCUUAAUACCCCCCC